AGGUUUGGGAACGGUGGGUCCCUGUCUCGGCCUUGCUGAUCCGGAGCUGAGGCGGCAGCGACUGCCGUGUCUGCCACGCGUGAGGGGACAGCGCCGGGCCGGGCCUGGCCGUCCUGCCUUUCUCAAGGGAAGUGGUGGCUCCCACAGCUUCCCUGGGACUGAGGUUCAGGUGAAGCAGAGCUGGUUUUCCCCUGUGCAUCAGUGUCUGCCUCCAGAAAUCCCUUUGCAUGCUCCAGACAGUUUGGGUGUCUUCACCAGGGAGCUGGACUUCAAGGGAGCCUGAACGUCAGCACGAGGGCAGAAAAAGGAGCUGGAGAUGUAGAUUCCUCAGAACUGUCCUCCAGCAUCCAUGCCGGAGGCAUGUCCCCAGACGCCCCGGGAAAGCAAGAAUGUUGAGGAAAAUCCAGAUAUGCCUCUGCUUCUGCUUUGUCUCGGGCAUCUUGUACGAGAUCUCUCUACUGUCCAGCUGCGUCUUCAACUACCUGCCCAUGUCCCAGCACUACCUGACACCUGAGCAGGUGCUGAACCUUGGGAAGAGCAUCAUUUUCCUGGAGACCACGGAGCGCCUGGAGCCUCCCCCGCUGGUGUCCUGCUCCGUGGAAUCUGCUGCCAGGAUCUACCAGGACAGGGCCGUCAUCCUCUUCAUGAAGGGGCUCACCAACGAGACGGCCUUGGACCUCAACACCAGCUAUGCAGCCUUCUCACUGCUGUCUUCUAUGAAGAAUGUCUUCAUUUUUCCUCUCCAGAUGGAAACUGUCUUCCAGGAGACCCCUCUGCUCCAGUGGUACAACCAGGUGGUCCCGGAGCAGGAGAAGAACUGGGUGCACGUCAGCUCUGAUGCCAGCAGGCUGGCACUCAUCUGGAAGUACGGAGGCAUCUACAUGGACACGGACGUGAUCUCCAUCAGGCCCAUCCCCGAGCGCAGCUUCCUGGCGGCGCAGAAGUCACGGUUCUCCAGCAACGGCAUCUUCGGCUUCCCCGCCCGCCACCAGUUCGUCUGGGACUGCAUGGAGAACUUCGUCCUCAAGUACAACGGCAACAUCUGGGGCAACCAGGGCCCCUUCCUGAUGACCAGGAUGCUCAAGACCCUCUGCAACCUCACGGAUUUCGAGGGCACCGAGGACCACAGCUGCCAGAACAUCUCCUUCCUCAACCCCCAGCGCUUCUACCCCAUCCCGUACCCGGCCUGGGGCAGGUACUACCAGGUGUGGGAUGAAAGCCCCAACUUCAACCACUCCUACGCCCUGCACUUGUGGAACUUCAUGAACCACAACAGGAAGGCCGUGGUGGCCGGCAGCAACACCCUGGCUGAGCAGCUCUACAAGGCCUAUUGCCCCAGCACCUACGAGGACCUGAUCCAGAACGCCAAGCACAGGGACUCCACGGGCUCUGAGGAGGAUGUGUGACAGGGGCUGAGGAGGAGAGGGGUGAUCCUUCCAGCCCUCCCCGUGCUGGGCCCAAAACACAGUCACCAUCGGUGUCCACACCUGGCUUUGCAGGGGGAAGAAAAAACUUUCCAUAACCACCAUCCCCAUUCCCUUGGAAUGCUGAGGGUGGUGGUGGGUAUCCAUGGGAUGUUGCCUCCAGGGACACUAAGGACACCUUUGCCUCAGUUCUGCUUCCCGAGAGGUGCUCAUGAACCAAACCUUCCUGAAUCAAAGGGCCUUUGAGCCUCCUAGUGAGCUUCUCCAAGGGAAAAGUUCCUACAGAGAUGCGUGGCCUCCUGGGAGGAAUUUUAUCUCCACGCUGUUGGCAGCUCCCACCUCAGAAAAGCUGGAAACACAGCAGGCUUUGACUGGGCUGAGGCCUCUGAGGCAAAUGAGGGUGGAUGACAGAAAUUUCUACUGAAGAGAAGCCCAACCCACUGCCUUCUCACUGUGUUGUUCUCACAUGAACUUUACCCCCUACGUUUUUGAGAGGGACAUUUCUAGUACAAGUGAAAAUAAAAGGGUUAAGAAACCACCACUCCUCUGAGCUUGCUUCUCCCUGGAAAGUGAGUCACG